CAGUAACAUCUGUGUGUGGGAAUUCUGUUAGGAGAGUUACACACAAAAUAUCCUUGUUUUUAGCACUCUUUCCUCUCCCCCUCAAAAUUGUGAACUGAGAGGUAUUUGCUUGGUUCCAUUAUUAAUUCACACUUGAUUGCAUCAGAAGAAAAGAAAGGAUAUCCUUCAGGAGGCCUAGUAGAAUUGCUAGAACUUCUCCAACUAUUGCAGUUUGGAACAAGAUUGAGAAACCACAAGAAAGUACACCACAGAUGGAAAUCUGCAUGAAAGUUGGGAUCAAAUGGAAUAGGUUCCUGUAAUGUGCAGGCCAUAGGAGCCCUGACUGCUGAGUGAAGAAAAUUAGAAAAAAAACCUGUGGUGGACUUUAUUCAGGCGUGUGGAUAAAAACUGGAAGUAACCUUCAUUCAACCUGACCUUCUGCAUAAAAUGGGAAAACUUUGUAACUUUUAAUCAUCAUUUUGGAUUUGAAACUUUUUUCCUCUUCCUGAUUGCAAGCACUGUUCUCAUCUAAUAUUUAUUAUUCUGAAGGAUGUUUUGUCCACAGAAAACAUCUUUUAAAAUAAAGAUGCUUCUAAGUUUGUUAGCUCUGGUAACUUCCUACACCCGACGUACAGAAGCAGAUGGACUUGUUCAUCUGAAUGGAGGGAUUAUAGUUGGCAGGGGGCAGCAUACAUACGUGACAGACAAUGACCUGCAGUUCAACAUUCCCAAAACCAAAGAUUCUUGCAAAGUUGAAGUUGUAUUGAAUGAACCUAUAACACAACGAGUUGGAAAAUUAACUCCUCAGGUCUUUGACUGUCAUUUCCUCCCUCACGAAGUGAAAUACAUCCAUAAUGGAUGCCCUCUACUAGAGGAAGAUAAUGUGAUGCUAAGAAUAUAUAGAUUCACAGAAUCUCAGACCUUUAUGGAAACAUUCCUUUUGAAUGUCCAAAUUACAGAACCGAAAUCCAGUAUCAUCAGGUUUGGAUUGAUUAGCCUUCAGGUUCAAGAGUUGUAUGGGAUAUCAAAUCCUAUUGACAAAAAUGUUGUGUCUUUCAAAUACAAUGCAAACACAAUUUGUACAGCAAAAAUUUUAUCAACCGAGGUCCUUGUUCCAGCCCAUGGACAGCUUAUUGUUGAUGAUCCUAGGUAUCGUGGCCAAGGAAAUUUACUAGAUGCUGCAUUGAAGCAGAAUGUUAGGAAAGUAAGACAGGCUAAAAUUCCAUGCCCCAGCAACAACGCUUGCCCAACUGGUGUUAAGGAAGUGCCAUUCUUAAAGGCUAACUGUGAAGAUUUCCUUGCAAUGGGGCUGAAAUAUCAACACCUCAGUCCACCCUCUCCUGAUAAUGACUAUAUUCCAAUUAAAGUAGAGGUCAGAGAUGAAAAGACCAGAUUCCUCCAUCAGGUAGAAAAUGCUUGGAUUCGAGUUAACAUUAAAGGUGCAAUUCCAAACCAGCAACCCAAAGCUGCAUUCAUGCCAAUGUUUAUCCUGGAAGUUGAUCAAUUCAUCCUGACACCAUUGAGCAUUGCAGCUGUUGAUGCAGAGGAUGAUGAAACACCAAAGGACAGACUGGUUUUCAACAUCACCAAGCCUCCUGUUGAAGGGUACUUAACUCACCUGGAUGACCACACCAAAUCCAUCACAUCAUUCAGCUGGCAGGAUUUACAUGAAAUGAAAAUAGCAUAUCAACCUCCUAACAUUAGCCAUACUGAAAGGAGGAAUUAUGAGGUUGAUUUUAAGGCAAUCGAUGCAUUUUUCAAAGUCAGUUCUUCUAUCAUGGUUCACUUUUCAAUCAGAGCAGCAGAGACAAAUGCACCAAGGAUUUCUUGGAAUAUGGGUCUGGACUUGUUAGAAGGUCAAUCUCGACCAAUUACUUGGGAACAUUUUCAGAUAGUGGACAACGAUAAUAUGAAUGCUGUACGUUUAAUAGCAGUGGAAGGAUUGCAGCAUGGACGGCUCACAGUUAGAGGUGGCAAAGGAUUCAUGUGCACCAUUAAGGACAUUAAGGAUGGAGUUGUGCGCUAUCACCAUGACGAUAGCGAUACAACCAAGGAUUAUAUUAUAUUCCGAAUCUUCGACGGCAAACAUGCUACUCGACACAAGUUUCCAAUUAAUAUCUUGCCCAAAGAUGACAGCCCUCCCUUCUUAAUUAACAACCUUGCUUUUGAACUAGCGGAAGGAGAGUCUAUAUUAAUAGAAAACCAUAUGCUGCUGUCUUCCGAUUUGGAUUCUAGUGAUGAUUACAUAUUGUACAGGAUUAUAAUUCCACCAAGAGCUGGAGAGAUUGUGAAAAAAACUCUAUCAGAUCUACCGGGUCAUCCUGUGACUACUUUUCUGCAACGGGAUUUAUUCCAUGGUCUGAUUUAUUAUCAUCAUUUUGGAGGCGAGAUUUUUGAGGAUUCAUUUGAGUUCAACCUGUCAGAUAGCCAUGAGCCUCCCAAUCUUUCGGACCCCCAGAUAACAAUGAUUCAUGUAACUCCAGUGAAGGACCAGAUGCCCAAAGAAGUUGAAGAUACCACACGUUACUUGGUAGCAAAAGAAACAGAAAUUAAGGACAUCACUAAGAAUCAUCUGCACUUCACAGACACAGAAUCCCCAGAGAAUGAGCUGAUGUACAUAAUCACUAAACCCUGUUUCUUCCCAACAAACCAGAGAAUGUAUGAUGCAGGCAAGAUAAUUUUCACAGACAGUACUAAGAAUAUGAAAAAGGAUCCUUCUGUCCCCAUGCUGAAAUCAUUUACACAGCAUGCGGUGAACCACAUGAAAGUAGCGUACAUGCCUCCUCUUGAGGAUAUAGGGCCUCAUCCGUUAUUGGUGCAGUUCGUAUUUUCUGUCAACGAUCAGCAGGGAGGCACUUUGACUGGACUUGUCUUUAACAUUACCAUCAUGCCUGUGGACAACCAACCACCCGAGAUUUUCACCAAUGAAAUAAAAGCUGAGGAAGGUUCAGGCUGCAUGAUCACUGCAGAUAAUCUGAUGGUGACAGACAAGGAUACAAUUGAUGAGGAUCUCCGAAUUCAGAUGAAACAAAAACCACAGCAUGGAGAUAUUGAACUGCAAGGAAACAUCAUGCUGGAGGGUGAUAUGUUUACACUUGAUGACCUCAAAUCCUUUCAAGUCAGGUACAAACAUGAUGAUUCAGAAACACUGCAUGAUUUAGUUGUGUUUACAGCUACAGAUGGAUUUAAUGCCGCAGAUGAGGUGUUGAAAGUAAAGAUUAUACCAAUCAAUGAUGAACCUCCAGAGCUACAGCCAUUUUUAAAAUCUGGUCUGCAAUGUCCUGAGGGAGAAAAGGUCACCAUUACCUCAGAGUACCUUUAUGCUACAGAUACUGAUAGCAAUGACAUGAAGCUGACAUAUAUGAUCGCUCGUUCACCAUCAUAUGGAGUGAUACAAAGAAAUGGUGUUACCGUCGAUAAAUUUUCACAACUGGAUAUCAUCCAAGGGUUAAUCUCCUAUUGGCACACUGGUGGUGAAAUAGGAUACAGUUCUUGCAUGGACACUGUAACAGUAAUUGUCUCUGAUGCAGAAGCAGGUACGGUGGAUAGCUGCUGUUACGAUGGACCUCUUCCGCCACCAGUGCCACUCCAUGGCUCUCUCCCUUUCUAUGACCUUAACAUCACUGUAAUGCCAGUCAACAAUCAACCUCCAACAAUUGAAAUUGGAGAUACGUUUACAGUGGAUGAAGCAUCACAAGCCAGUUUGGUUUUAGAAUUUCUAUCAGCUACAGAUGAAGACACGAUCUCAGAGGAACUAAUCUUUGUGCUGGAGAGUUUGCCCCAGUAUGGAUACCUAGAGAACACACUCCCAUCACCAGGAUAUGAGAAGAGCAAUGCUGGAAUAAAUAUAGCUUCCUUCAGUCUGCAGCACCUCAGGGCAGGCUAUGUCAACUACGUCCAGUGCAGACAUUACCAGAUGGAGCCCACAGCUGACCACUUCAUGGUAUCUGUUAGCGACGCUGUACAUAAAUCUAUAGCAGUGCCGUUUUAUGUCAUCAUCAACCCAAUCAACGAUGAAACCCCAGAUUUGCAUCUGGGAAACAUCACUAUAAUGGAGGGUGAUAUCUGUGAGAUUGGACCUGGAGUGCUGAAUGCAGUCGAUCUGGAUAUACCUCACGAUACACUGAUCUUCUCUGUGAUUAGACCCCCUGCCCAUGGAGUGCUCCUGAAUGGCAUCUAUGGAAAUGAUAUUGCCACAUACAGACAGAUGAAUGCUAAAGUUCUACAUCACGAUCUGAGAGUACAUAACUUUAGCAUGGAUGAACUCAAACAAGGAAUGAAGCUCAUGUACCUGCACGAUGACACAGAAACCCUGAAGGAUAGUUUUACCAUUCAGCUGACAGAUGGCAAGCACACAGUACCAGGGACAGUACAGGUCCAUAUCAUAUCGGUCAAUGAUGAGAAGCCAGUUGUUUUAAUAAACACUGGCUUGGAAGUGGAAGCAGGAGAAAACAAGGUUAUUUCCAGCGUGGCUUUAGAAGCUGAAGACAAGGACACACCACGGUUCAAGGUUUACUAUGUCAUCAACACUGUGCCCAUAUUUGGACAGCUGAAGUUAAAGACUGAGUUUGAAUGGAUUCAUCUAUAUCCAGGCAUGAAUUAUAGUCAAGAAGAUAUAGACAUGAACCGAAUCUGGUAUCUACACACUACCAUUGUGGGGUCAAAAGGUCAUGACAGCUUUCGUUUCCAUGUUACAGAUGGGGAUUGCUCCUCACCUUCACAGGACUUUUAUAUUUCACUAAAAAACAUGAAGAAAGGUGACAUUGUUGUACUCACCAAACCUGUAACUUUAAAAGAGGGUGACAGGGUCACCUUGACGACAGAUGUUCUCAAGGCAACAGAUGGCACUGGCAAACCCGAAGAGCUGUUGUACGCCAUCUCUGUGCCACCUGCACAUGGUCAGAUCGAGUACAUCAAUUAUCCUGGAGUGGCCAUUUCCAGUUUCAGCCAGUUGGAGGUAGCAGCCCAGAAGGUCUGCUAUGUCCAUGACAACAGUCGUGAGGCCAGCACGGAUGGAUUCAGAUUUUUUGUCAGCAAUGGGAUGACAGUGAAAAACAGCUCCAUGGAGUUUAACAUUGAGCGCACUGACCGUAUCUUGCCCACUUUAGUCAAUAAUAAAGGUCUUCAGUUACCAGAUGGGGCCAUGUUGGUCAUCUCUCCUGAUAAUCUUCAACUCACAGAUCCAGACACUCCCCUGAUAAACCUAACCUACAUUAUUAUCCAGCCUCCUCAGUUUGGCAACCUGUACCUGAAAGGAAAUGUUCUUUCCCAGCACCACUUCACACAGCUGAAUGUGAAUAAUUUGGACAUUUCAUACAAGCACAAUGCUGGGCCCUCUGAGCUUGACCACUUUACAUUCAUAGCUUCUGAUGGAACCAAUCAUGGUUUUUUAGUCAAUGGCCAGAUGAGAGAGGACCCUGUUAUAUUCAGCAUACAGGUGGAGCAUGUUGACAAGGCUUCUCCCUAUAUCCUCAUCAAUCAAAGCCCAACUACAAUUGACAAUCUGAGAGAUGGACGUUUUGGCAUCUAUAUCACCGCCCGUAACUUAAAAGCCUCAGAUGUGGACAGCAAAGAUGAAGAGCUGAUCUACACAAUUCUCCGUCCACCUUACUAUGGAUAUUUAGAAAGUACAACCACAGGUGGAUACAUUCAAGGCACAUUUACCCAGAAAGAGGUGGAUAGACGUACAGUUCGCUACAUCAUCAGUCCCUCCAUAGAACUGACAUCUGACAGCUUUGAGUUCAGAAUAUCUGACACUGCUGGAAACUCUAAUGCACCAAAAAUAAUGGAACUGAAAUGGUCCAGGAUUGAAAUGUCUGCAAGUUGCUACAAAGUCUGUGAAGACAUUGGAACUCUCUCCAUUAAAGUUACCAGGAAAGGAUACAGUGCUGAUCCCUCAUAUGUUAGUAUAAAGGUUCAGGGGUUAUCAGCUACAAUUGGCAGAGACUUCACCCAUAGCUCAGCAAGUUUAAUUCAGUUUGAUCCUGGUGUUUCGAUGAAGGUAUGGAAUAUUUUCAUUAAAGAUGAUGGACUUGAAGAGAACAAUGAAAAGUUGAAAGUACAGCUGAAGACACCAACGAAUGCCAUCAUUGGGCAGAAGGACAUCUCUUUGGUGGAAAUUGUAGAUUUGCGUGGAGGCAGAUGUGAUCAAGUUGAUUUGGGAACAAGUGAAGAUGAUUACAAUAGUCAAGUGGACAGUGGUGUAAGUGAACUUCCAAAUGCAUCUGCCAAAUUUCCCACUGAUAAAAGAGAAGGAAUAUCCAAUCAGGAGGAAAGAUUGACAGAGCCCGAGCUGUACUGGGAUCACCAUACUUCCCCUCCGAGGGGUGAUGUUCCUCAGACCAGCCAUUUUUUGGACUACCAUGGAACACUGAUUAGAGAUGAUGUUUCUCCAAUGGCCCCCAGGGCACAACUUCAGGCUAUUGGAAGCAGCAGAAUGAUUCCUCCCUCUUCAAUUCAGAGAAAGAAUGGGGUGAUCGUGCGGACAUACCAUGGGAUGGUGCCAAUACACAUUGAAGAAAAAAAGGUUCCUCUCUCUCCACAAACCAAUGGAUGGCAGUGGCCCGUUUUCCCAUUCCAUGUAAUUCAGGGACAUGACCUGCUCCAAAGAGACUUCCCGUCUGUAGCUGAAAAUACUCAGUCAUUCAGCCACAAGGAUCAGGAACAUCAACAAAUGGAAUGUCCUUCAGGAUGGACCCAGCACAAGAAAUAUUGUUAUAUCAUGAACCCUGAGAAAAAUGCAACCUGGGAAGAAGCUGAAAUGGCCUGUAGGCAAAUGUUUCAUGCCAACUUAGUCAGUGUGCAUUCCAAGAACGAACUGAAAUGGCUUUGCAACUUUGCCAGGAGACAGCCAUUCUGGAUUGGCUUAAAAGAUGAAACCGGUUCUGGAAAAUGGACAUGGACCAAUGGAAGACCAGUAACCUUUACAAACUGGAAGAAAAAUAAAUCUUCACGACUGAGAAAUAUUCAGCCGAGUUGUACUCUUGUCCAGAAUAAAAGCCAAUGGGUGACUAGACAGUGUAAUGAACAACAGGAGAGGUAUAUCUGCUGCACUUCUGUAUCAAGACCUUAACUACUAGCCCACCACAAAAAGGUCAUGUAUUGUGAACA